CAGUACGCAACCAAGGAGGCGAGCUGCGCGGGGCGAGAACAACUUGAUGCAACAUAUCCACGGACGCGGAGAGACACGGCAACAAUACGCGUGGAACCGAACAUGCAUGAAGAAAAACGCUCCAAUUAAACACAGAUUUUCUUCAGCAUUUUAAUGAAUCCCGGCGGGGCUUGGAGUUCUGUUACAUUGCUGGACAAGAUUUACGCACCGAGCGCACUUUCAAUGUAAAGCCGCGUUUUACGCGCAGGAAUGAGAGAUUCCACACGUGUUCAGAAAUCUGCAUUAUUCUCUCUCUAAAAUGCAAUUAAGGAGCAAGUUCUUAAAAACUGAUCAUCAGUAUGAUGGCGUUUUUGCAUGGAGAAAAAACGGACUAAACACUGUGCCAUAUGUUGACAAAUGCUUUCAGACUGGGGCUGGCUUUUUGGAGCAAUCUCUGUUAAACUGAACUUGGAUAUUGAAGGUAUUGACUGUACAUUGGCUGGAACACCUGCGCUCUGGACUCACUGACGGAAACCCCUGAGUGAGUUUUCAAAACAACGUCUCAUUUCGGACGUCUGUCCUCUGUGUGAGUCACCGUGAGCAAACAUUUGGACAAGCAACACUUAUUGACUGCGGUGACACGUUUUGGUGAGGGGAUAUUUAACAGUGCGUGCUUUGCGCCGGUGGCCACAGCGCUGCGCUCCUCGGUGCGGCUGCGGGAUUGGACCCCGUGGUGCUAAAUGCCCAGCCGGACCCCUGCGGCUCCUCAGGCUGGGCGGAAACAUGAAGUCCUGGGUCCUGCUGCUGGCUGCGCUCUUAUCGGCCCGUCUGAGGCUCGGUAACGCUGAGGGCGAUCCACUCCCUCAGUCACUGGUCAACCUUGUGUGGAACUCUCCCAUCUCCUCAGUGGAAGACCUAAAGCUGCUGCUGCAGCAGGAGGCCAGUGCAAUAGAAGAUAAAGAGGACGAGCACCACGAUCUUCUAAACCCAACCCAUGGUCGAUAUAUUAGAAGUGUUGUGGAACCACAGGUUGCUCAGCAGGCAGUAUGUAAAGUCAGAACAGAGGUGAUGGAAAUAACAAGAUCCAUGCUGGAUCGUAACAACGCUCACUUUAUGCUGUGGCCUCCAUGUGUGGAAGUGCAGCGAUGUUCAGGCUGCUGCAACUCAGAUCAGCUGCAGUGUGUUGCCACUGUCACCUCCAGAAGAUAUCUAAAGGUGUUAAAGAUCCAGUAUAAAAACCGGAAAUCUCAGUUUGAGAAUGUCGUCAUCCCAGUGGAAGAUCAUGUUAGUUGUUCUUGCCAGCGAUCUCCUCCAUCAUCAUCGUCUUCUUCCUCAUCAGCUGCCUUUGUCUCUCAACCAAACCCUCUUGCACCUCCACCACAAAAACCACCUGCAUCCUCCAACCUACCCCUGUCCCCACCCCGCACCCCUCAUGCACUUCCACCAAAGACUCAAACUUCCAAGGCGGACCUGCAUCGCCUCGAUGAUCUAAAGCACAAUCAGCAUCACCACCUUCCACAUGAGCGCGAUCCGUUGGCGAGACAAUGGCAGCAGGGCAGUUACACUCAACUGGUGCGCUGGACGCAGCCUAGAGUGCAUCAAGCCCCCACACAUGUGCACACUGGAGUGCACCACACAACGGCAGGGUUUCAAAGCUUGGUGGGUACCAGGCCGUCUGAGGCAACGGCAAAGCACACCAUUAUGGGAAGCCCACAACAAGUCGGACAUGGAAGCGGCUUAGACAAGAGCCAGGAGGAGACUGGUGAGGAAAUCCCCCAUCAUGAUCAUGAACAGCGGCAACAGCAAUUGUUAAAGCACCAGCAAAGGCAGGAGCAUCAAUAUCUUCCACACCCACCCUACCCACAACAAUACACCCCUGGAGAUGAGGACCAGGAGCUAAGGGCGCAGUAUCUGCUUCAUGCUCCCCAGUCAGACAGUUCUCUUUCAAAGGUCAGCAUAACACAGGCCCCCAAGACAGUACAAGAUCCUACAUUUUUCACAUCUGUUACUCAAAAAGACUCAAUAACCAACCAAAAAUAUACAAAGGAAAUUCCUCACGAACUCAUAGAGACCAAAGGAGAUGGUCAAAAAGAGGGGACUGAGAUGUUAGCUAAAAGCAGGACCUCAUCUCAGACAGAGACAACCAAUCACAAGCAAGAGAAAGACUCUAAUCUGAAUGAGGAGACUGGCCAUUUAACAGAGCAGGAGAGGAGACAGAGGCUGCUGGAGAUAGUACAGAGUGAGCCGGAAAAAACGCCUGUUCUGCAUGCUCACCAAAGACCAAAACCAACAACAUUUAAUUCAGUUCUUUCCACGGUAGCGCCGAUGUCAACAGCAGGUCGUCAGGUACCGUUCCGACCUGCCUUUCCUCGUCGCCGAAAAAGAAAACACCGCAAACGUAUCAGCAAAGCUGCUAUGAGGGCUAUGAUCAUGUAGAGAUGAAGGAAGUGGUGCUGCACAAUAAAAUAUUCUGAAACACUUCUCCACCUGACGAUAGAGAUGACGGAGUUGUUUCCUGAAGGCAGAGCUGCUGUUUUAAGUAAUCUGCCCUGCAGAAAGUCACCUUUCCAACUCUGUAGAUGCUACCCUGUAUCCAUCUGUUUGGAUGUAAUAAGUGCAAUCUCAAACUAAGAGAGACUUUGACACACUAAACACUGGUUUUGUGUCAUUUAAAGCACAAGUGGAACUAAAUGAGGAUUAUUUGAAAACUGCUUAAAGAAAGCAAGACAAGAUGCAGCUGUUGACUGGCUACUUUUAACAUAUUGCUUUCUGCUCAGAAUGGACAUUGAAUUGCUUUUGGGCUCAACAUGGAGUUUGAAAUAUAACAGACCAGUAGAACUGGAUUUCUACACUGGGAUGGUGACUGGAAACUGUAACCUCCAGCUUGGCCUCAGUGCCAAAGAUGACUGUUUCGCUUAAAUGUUUGAGUUUAACAUAAUGUAACACUGGAGUAGUCGCACACUGAUCAUAGUACACUGACUUUAAAUACUACUAUGUACUGUAGUUAAAUGUACAAGAAAAUAUCAGUAACCAUUCUUUACUACUGCCUGACAAAAUGAAAUGGAAUAAUAACAAAACGCCUGCUUUAAUAACAUGUUAUGAAUAUCCAGAAGUCUUAAAGACAUGGCUUUUAGAGACUGUUGUGAGCCAGUUAUAGAUAAAGCUACACUGUAAAAAAAAAAACUUAUAAGAAAACAAUUUCCUGGUGAAAGAGAAAAAAAAAAGUAUUUCUUAAGUUAUUAAAAAAAUUGAGGAUAUGAAGUCCUAUGUUUAUCAAGUGUGAUUAUUGUUGCAGACAUGUAAUGUUAUAUU